GAACGAACAACAUCAAAAUGAAGAUACCUUAUCGUUUUUGGAUUGCCGUAAUGAUAUUCAUGACCACUUUUACAAACUACAUGAUGCGUUCAAAUAUGUCCGUAAGUAUUUUUGCCAUGCAGUACAAAAAGGAGGGAGCACAAGGGCAAUGUUCAGAGGAUGGACAAGUGACUACCGCAGCGCCCACGACUACUAUGGAUCCGAAUGCCACAACCACUACGACCGAGAAGCCUGACGAAGGAUUGUUUCACAAGUUUACAUACAGUCAGAUGGAACAAGCGCAAAUUUUAGCAGGGUACGGGUACGGUUACGUGGCAACCUGCUUACUUGGAGGUUUUUUGGCAGAAUAUUAUGGACCAUGGAAAGUUAUAUUUUUUUCAACAUUGGCUAGUAUAGUACUUACUGUGGUAUGUGUGCCGGCCGCAUACCUUCAUUGGACUGCUCUGUUAGUUGCCAGGAUUUUAAUUGGUGCUUUGGGGGGUUUGAUAUAUCCAGCGGUUCAGAUACUUAUUAAUAAUUGGGCGCCAAAAAAUGAAAAAGGAAAAUUCGUUAGUGCCACUUUGGGAAAUAAUUUGGGCACGGUAGUGACAUUUGCGUCCGUGGGAGCCAUAAGUCAAGCCAUAAAUUGGGCAUGGGGUUUCUUUUUUGUCGGAGCAUUUGUAACGUGUUACCUGAUUUUAAUUUUUUUCUUGCUGUCCGACUCACCGACCAAAAGCAAAUUGGUAUCAUCAGAGGAAAAGGAGUAUUUGGCAACAAUGAUACCCCCACCUAAAACUAAGUUGGUCGCUCCAUACCUUAAAAUAUUUACUUCACUACCAUUUUAUGCAUUGCUAUUUUCACAAUUUUGCAAUUUAUAUGGUCUCUUCGUAAAUAUUGUCAGCGUACCCAAAUUCUUUAGAGAUUAUCUAAAUCAGGAUAUAAGACGUUCUGGUUUUUUAUCGGCUUUACCUCCACUAACUAGAAUGUUUGCUGGAUUAGGGUUCGGAGCUGUUGGAGAUUAUAUCGAGAAGCAUAGAGAAAAUUCAUCUACCGCUGUACGAAAAUCAUUUUGUAUAUUUUCUCAUAUCCUACCAGGAAUUACUUUGAUAUGCAUUAUGUUUGUAGAAUGCAACUGGAUAUUUGCUACGGGCUUAUUGGUAUUGAGUCAAGGCUUUAACGGUGGCGCAGUUUGCACGAUAUUGCGAAAUUCUCAAGAUCUAGCGCCAAACUUUUCAGGCACCCUUUAUGGCAUCAUAAGUUUUACUGGCGGGACUACUCAAUUUAUAGUACCUUUAGUCAUGGGCGCAGUACUAGGAACAGAAGCCUACCCAGGAUUGGAUAAAUGGAGAUGGGUGUUUUUGAUUGGUGGUGGAGUUUAUAUUAUUGGGGGUAUAAUUUUUAUGGCUUUUGGAACAACUAAGGAACAAGCAUGGAAUGAACCCAAGCAGGCAACUGCAUAAUUUUUAAAAUUUAUUUAUCAUACA